AUGAAAUUUCGAUAUCAAUUAGAGUUGGUUUUGGAUAAAAUCGGACAUCAAUUGCAAACGAAGUGUCCGUUUGUUUAUAAGUUGUGUUUCAGUACUAAAUACCCGGCUUUGCGUCAACUGUUAUGCCUUCCGAUGGGUUUUAUAAUCGGUUAUCUGUUUUACGCAUAUAUUGUCUAUAGAUUUGAUUUCGACCUCAAAAUGGAAAGACUUAUUCGUUAUACUAUUGUAUCGUUGGUUACGAUUAUGUUUACCGUUUCGAUGGAAAUGCGGGCCAUUUGUGCACUUAUUUUACCCUCAUUUCUCGGCAGAAGUGGCCGCAACUUUCUGAUAGCGAUGAUUGCCAUUAUGUUAAUCGACAAACCGAUUGUCAAUAUCGCCGAAAAUGUGGCCGAAUUGACUCAAUGGACCACUUGUUUGCUCAAAAUGGGUGCCAAACAGAGCUAUUCUUACGCAUCACUUCUAACGGAUCCGAUGAUUGAGAUCUCAACCAAUUUAAUGACAGAUAAUUAUUUAAAGGGAAACGAAACCGAGUUUAAAGAGGCGUUUGGAUUCUCACCAAAGGGUUUCCAAAAGAAGAAUAAGACCAGUGCUGACGAGUCCGUCGCCAAUGAAGAGAAAAUCGGUCAUAAAUUUAAGGAAAAAAUGGACAAAAUGUGCACCAAUUUGAACGAAACGUUUCGAUACUGUUAUAAUAAACUCGUUUACCCCAGAAUUAACUACGUUUUUAGCUGGCUUACAAUUCAGGUGCCUUUCAUAAUAAGUGUAGCUGAGAAAUUGACCGAGUUCUCAUUUUGCAAACAUCCAACAAUGCAGAACAUAAGCAACAAUUUUUGUAAAGCCUAUGAAAAUCAAUCGAUGGCUUUGGAUGCGAUGGAAGACCAGAGGACAACUAAUUUGUCAAAACUAUUUACCGAUAAAAUCGACAUUCAGUCCAAUAUAAGUGUUCCUGAUUUCCGCGAUAUAUUGAAAUACAAAUCAGUGGCCAAAGAGAUCAAUCACUACAAGAGAAGCGCCGCAAUGUAUGCGCGAAUGACCGGAUCAGUUGUCCGACGAUUAAUGAUAUUCUUCUUUCUGAUGGACAAAUUAACUCUAUUACCGCUGAAGAAGGUUGAAAGACUGGAUCUAUUGGAUCCGUAUAGCUAUCGACUCUCGCCGGCAGAGAAAAGGCACUUAAAGGUCACGACAACAUUUCUGGUCAUAUUUGUGAUAGUGAUUUGGGUGUCAAUCACUUUGGAUAGAUUGAAAUUCCAGUAUCGGUGUCGCGAUACAAUACUACCGAUACUGAGUAUCGGUAUCGGUGUCGCGAUACCGAUACCGACACCGACACUAGAUAUUCAACAAUACCGAUACUACCGAUACUACCAAUACUACCAACACUACCAAUACUACCAAUACUACCGACACUACCAAUACUACCAAUACUAA